CUAGUAGAGAAUACUAAAGCUAAGUAUAGUACACAAGAUAAAGACACCUACAACUUUAAUAAAUCUAGCUUUAUAAUAGGCGUUAUAUUAAUAGGAGCUGUUGUAACAGGCUUAGAGAGACGUGCUCAGCCAGAGCUUGUUCAGCCAGGUGAUCGCGAGUGGGUUACCGUUAUUAACCCUAAUUGUAAGUAG